AUGAAGACCCGUCCGUGGGCUUGUUUCCAUCCCCUCCUCCUGGUUUUGACCUUGGUCAACCUUGUUACAAUGUCCUCCAGUGCUAUCGUCGCCUCCACAGUCGUCGCACCUGUCUUCACGGUCGUCCAGACUGCUACAAUUGUCGCCAUCCCUGGAAUCUCUUCUACGUUCACGAACUUUGGUAGUCCAUCUGCUAUUAUGUAAGUCUAUUAAUGUCUCCAAAGACCUAGAAAAAUACUAACACUAUCUUCUCUUUGUAGACCACGCCCACCAUCACCAACCGUACCGGCGCCACCCUCUUUCUCUGGUACCUUGACAGCACCUUUGGUAUUUCUGACUAGCGCCUCUUCUGAGCCUAGUACAUCUAUUUCGCUUCCAAAUCUGUCAUCAACAGUACCUGGCUUCCGUCUAACGUCAACAAGUACGACAAAACCAAGUAGUUCAUCUGCUUCGAGUACCUUCUUGACCUCAACCACAACCCCUUCAUCUUCUUCGCUGGUUACGACGGAGAAUCCUUCAUCAACUGUCACUCCCGUUCCAAGCAAUACUUCAAAAGCACCUGUCAUAGCCGGGUCCACUGUAGGUGGCGCUGCAGCUCUUGGUGUUCUUCUUAUUGGUCUGUGGUAUUUAUUGAAGAAGAGAAAGAGCGUACAGAAAACUGCUAGCUCGUGGAUCGGCAACAAUGGUUCUCGUCGUUCCCGAACUUCUGAUAUUGAACGCGGCCAUGAAUUGAGAAACAUACGAACGACUCCUGGCACUACAGGUCCUACCAAUGAGAGAGAAAUGCGACCAAACGGUCCACUCAGUACCGUUGGAACUAUCUCUACGUUUGCACCGACAUUGCCGCCUUUUUCUCCCAACCAAACCUUCUGGCCUGUUCCUCCUUACCCCACUGGCGGAAAUUCCUCUACAAUUAAUACAAAGCCCAAUAUUGUAGCUGCCCCUGAAACACCACCUCGUCCUCGUCGCUCUGAUGAGCUUCAUCUCACCGAUGCUGAGCUUCUUCUGAAGCGAAAAAUGGAGAAGCGAGCACCACCAACGGCGAAGAAUCAUUACCCUGGCCGACAAUUAACACCUGCCGCUCAAGCCGUCCUGGAUAGAAAUAGGUCUCCAAAGCCACCGAGAUGGUUCUCAAAGCCUGCCGGUGCCCGUUGGGAGGUUAUCCGUCAAAUACAGGAAUAUGGCACGUAUUCUCCGUACGAUGAAGACUCAAACGAUGUUACUCAGUUGCCGUAUCCAACGUCGGAUCGUGAUCUUUCUCCGGAACCACUGAAUGUUGUCAAAAUGUCGUCUCGCAAAAAGGAGGUAUCCGAUCCGUACACCCCUACUCGUCCACCAACUCGGGGAAAGGCUUUUUCACGAACACCACGCGGAAAAAUGGCAACGGACCUAUAUUCUGACGAAUCCGACGAUGAUACCAAGGAAAAAGCCCGCACCGAUGCACUGGCAGCUCUCGAAGGAAACUCGCCAUACCUUACAACCGAUCGGGCGAUGCGUAGAGAGCUCAUUGGUGUGCAAAGGCCACCACAGCCAAUCUUCAAGAAUCCCAGCUAUGGAAAACCCCUUGGGCAUCGCCGUGUUUCAUCUACCGGUAAUUUGAACGUACCAAAGCCCGAAAUGUCGAAUUUAUCACCAUCUGGACCUCUUACACGACAGAUUUCGCGCCCAUUGGGCGGUAUCACGUCAUUUUACAGCAGAAAGUCCAAUGGAGAGCCCUUUUCCGACUCGCUAGAUGACGUUAAUUUCGAGGAAUAUAGGCACAAUGAGGGUAGAAGGAUGGCAAAUAGUACAGAAUUGGGUCAUUUGAAUGACGGGCGUAUGCCACAUAGCUAUGAAGUACAGAAACGCCAUUAG